UACCACGCAUGCCUCCAUGCAAUUACACAUGCAACGCGCUUGACAUCACCCACACUUUGGCCCGUUCCGCCGCCAAUUUUGAUUGAACAAAGUGGUCGUCCAGGAGAAGGGAACUCGGAAAUCUCUCUCUGUGAAUCUUGUCCCUUUUCUCGAUUCCAAUCUUGCCUUAACUAAACCCUAGAUCUUGGGCAGAGAAAGGAAAGAAGAGCCCUUCUUAUACCCGGGACCCCCUCCGGUUCCUUCCCCACCCUAACCCUAAUCGGGGUCGCCAGGAUUUUGCUGACUGAUAUCAUACAUAGCAUGAGUACAUGGGAGCUGCUGAGGCGAUCUGGGAAGAGGCAGGCAAGGGACGGUACCCGUGUGAAGAUGGUUCUAAAUGUUGACCUCAAUGUGCCACCACUUGAGAGCUGGUCGGCGGAUGGAGCUUCCGGUUCUGCACAUCCAUGUGUAUCGCAGGGAGCUGCUGUUCCUGUCAAUCCUCAGUGCAGUCAUUCCACCAGAGGGCAGCAAGGGGUGGUUCCCACAUCCAAUAAUGGGUUAAGCAGUUUGCCCAUUGAUGUAGAGGCACUUGAGGAUGAAGUUGAGAUGCUCUCUUCCUUGAGAGAAUUUCCUCAAACAAGAAACCAUGCCAGGAGGAACCAACCUGUGACGGUAGUCCUAGAUGGAGAUCUUGAAUCGAGACCAAGACAAUCAGGGGUCGCUAUUGGGGAACCGGUGACCACAUUAUUCCUCAACACUCAUAACAAGCGUGAAAGGAUUCCGACAAACAUGACUAUAAUUAAUUGUGAUCUUUAUCUGGAUCCGGAAGAAGAGAAUAAUGAAAAGAAGAGGGCUCUGAUGAAAUCUAAUCUGGAGCCAGAAAAGGUUGUUGCAAAGGAACCCACCUUCACCUGCCCUGUUUGCAUGAACCCGUUGGUUGAGGCAUCAUCAACUAUUUGUGGCCAUAUUUUCUGUGACAGCUGCAUCAAAGCCUCCAUUAAAACCCAAAAGAAGUGCCCUACCUGUAGGCGGAAGCUUACUAUGAAUAACUUUCAUAGGGUGUACCUCCCAACCAUUGAUUGACUGAGUGGAGUCUCAUUCAUUUCCUUUUGUGGCUCCCGCGAUACUUGUUUUAACUACCCUUAGGGUCUGGGAAAGCCACUCUUCAGGAUUUUAACAACUUUUGUCUGACAAAUGUUAACAAUUAAAGUUAACUGGCAAUGUGAUUACAUAUACAUUGUUUGUGGUGCGAUGAGUUGAGGAAUCUAAAUUCAUAUGCUGCUUA